AUGAGCGCAACCUCUCAAAUUCCGGUCCCAGCCCAUACGCUCGCGGAAUCCAUGCUAUCACGGCGCUUCGGCCGGGAAACUGCGAACUAUUUCUCCAGUUCCCCAAUAAACAGGCUAUCGUUUCUGCGCGAUAACCAUCCAUUCCUUUCGACGGCCCUGAAGCACCCGUCUACGCAAUUCGUUGUGCUGAACAACCUCGCCCCGCUCACUCGCUCCCCGGCUGAGCUGUACUAUGCCAAAUAUGAGGAACUACGCAAGCUUAUCCCCCAGGAUAUAUUUGAUCUUUCUGAAGAAGAUACGAUCAAGUCAUUUGACUCGCGAAAAACUCGGCCGAUCUUGAUCUUCCUUGGUCUGGACGAGAGCCGCAAGGAGAACGGCUUCGCUCACAAAAUCUACUCUGGAACCCCAUGCUUCGCUGUCGAUGUUACCCCCAGAGGAUGCGAGGCCCAGCAAGCCGCUGCCAAAGACAUCAUUAGUGAAAUGGAAGCAAAAGGCCUUUCAUUCUUCCAGACUAGAAUCGUUACGACCUUUACUCCGGACGAAGCCGCUGUUUACGCCCAAGCCCGUGCUUUGACAGACUGGAAUAACCGCAACACUUUCUGUGGCACCUGUGGCAAUCCCACUCUCUCCGUGAACGCAGGAACCAAGCGCACCUGCCCACCUACAGACGCCGCCCGCAUCGCCGCAGGCCAGUCCGAAGAGCGUCCUGCCUGCACGACCCGCACAACCCUAUCAAACCUGUGCUUCCCCCGCACAGACCCAACAAUCAUUGUAGCUGUCGUCUCCGCCGAUGGCAAGCGUGUUCUCCUUGGCCGCUCUAAGCGUUUCCCACCAAACUGGUACUCGACUCUGGCGGGUUUCAUCGAGCCAGCGGAGUCUAUUGAGGAUGCCGUGCGCCGUGAGGUGUGGGAAGAGGCUGGUGUGACUCUCUCGCGGGUUGUCAUUCAUUCUUCGCAGCCCUGGCCGUAUCCUGCGAACUUGAUGAUUGGUGCCAUUGCGCAGGUGGCUGAUCCGGCCCACGAGAAGAUUAAUCUGGAGCAUGAUCCUGAGCUUGAGGAUGCGAAGUGGUUCGAUAUUGAGGAGGUGGAGGAGGCAUUACGUAUUGGGGUGAGUGAUUUGAGUGUUGGAGCUGGACCUGGGCCGGAGUAUAAGGGUGGUUUGAGACUGCCGCCACCGACAGCGAUUGCGAAUAAGUUGAUUCAGGCGGCGAUCAGCAAGGACUAUUUCCCUCAUGAUGAGAAGGCUUCUAAGAUGUGA